AUGCGCCUCACCAUCCCUCUCUUCACCCUGGCUGUCUGCGCCAGCGCUGCCGCCGUAUCCAACCCAGAGGUGGUUGCCGAGCGCGCUUCAAUUGCUGAGCGCGACCCCGUAGCCUUCUGGGACAUCGAUUUCGUCCGCGAAUACUUUGACGGCGGCUUCACCGAGACCGUUGGCUCCAAAUUCAUUUCCGACAAGUAUCCCAACGGCCUCAAGUCCCGUUGCAAAACGACAUACCAUGAUGGCCAAGGAGUAUUCGACUCCAACUGCGAUCCUAGCUAUUUCCACUACCAUUUUGACCUGGCCGCUUCGACCAUUUCUGUUCAGCAGCGCGUUGCGCAGCCCUACCAAUUGAUUAUCAAGGGUGAAUCCAAAUUUUCGCCUAGACACAAGGAAAACACCCUAGUUGGCAGUGUUCAUAUUCUCGUCUCGGCCCAGAUUCCUGCUCCUUACAAGCCCCCUAAAUAAGAAAGUGGUAGCAGGAUCUCUGGAUGUGAG